AUGCUCGUCGAGAAGAAGCCAUGGAAGAAGAAAUACAAGAACCAGGAGACGAUAUUCUUUAUAGUGAAUCCAUUCCCGCCACUGGAGCAGGACAAUCAUCCAGGCGAUCGCAAAUUGUGGGCAGAGAAUGAAUUGUGCGACUGGCUAAGUAAAUUUCUGCACACGGAUUCAAUAAGCUGUAUAAAAUUCCCUGAAUGGGGUCCACUCAAUGUGAUACUCGUCUACGUGCUAAUGGACAGUCCCGAAGCGAUUGAAAAGUACGAAGGUGUCCACCAAUGGCAGAACUUGCUAGCGCGCGCAGACCAAAGUGAAGAACUUGCAAAGCUAGCGCGUAAAUGUGAUAAACGGAUGUACUCGCUCGUCUACGCUCAUUUCGAUAGUAAGGAGUUCAAAAAGGAAAUCAAUCGCUUGGAACAUUCUGUCAAGUGGAUCAGCGUAGGUACACAAAAUAUCACUAAACAUCUCAAAUUUCAUCUUAGAGGCGCUUCCAAUUUGCGUGAUCCACGUCGUCGUAAUCAGAAAUUGGAAUAUCCACUGCCUGAAAUACCCAGCAAGCUUGAUAAAAAAUCUAUACAGGUUGGUAGCAACUAUUUCAAUGUGUGGUGGGUUUAUAAUCACGUCAAGGUUGAAUUGAUCGACGAUGAGGAUGAUCCGACUAGCAGGAAGCGUAAGGCGGACGAGAUUGGCGAUAUCAAGGAGGAGGGUGAUGAGGAUGAUCAUGGGGGUGUACACGACAAACUCAAGUUGCUUAAAGAGGAUUGA